AUCACUUUAUGAGUUGAUUAACAUUUAUUUAUGUUGUAAUGUGAACUCUUAACAAACCCAUAUCUACUCUCAACAAUGAAGAUUCCUACAACAAAAGAAUCCCUUUGCUUCCUCCGAGAGAUAUUCUUAAAUUUCAAAAUUUGUCACCCUUUCAUGCAAUACCUAUAAAUAGUUGUUUCUUCAAAAUCAAUUACAAGCUACAACCCUUCUUAGACUUAUAUUCUUUUGCAUGAACCAUGAAUAACUUCAACACAAAACUUAUCUUCUUCUUCUUUGGGCUUGUCUCCUCAAGUUUGUUUCAUAUUUCAAUAGCUUCUAUUGUUUCAACAGGUGACUUCAAUAAGGAUUUCUUUGUGAUAUGGUCACCCAACCAUGUAAACACAUCUGAUGAUGGAAAGACGAGAAGCUUGAAACUUGAUCAAGAAUCUGGGGCUGGUUUUGCUUCGAACCAAAUGUUUUUAUUUGGGCAAAUUGACAUGCAAAUCAAACUAGUACCAGGUGAUUCUGCAGGCACAGUCCUAGCCUUCUAUCUAACCUCUGAUCAGCCAAAUAGAGAUGAAAUAGACUUGGAGUUUCUUGGAAACGUCUCCGGACAGCCAUAUAUUCUUCAAACAAAUAUUUAUGCAGAUGGAUUCGACAAUCGAGAGGAAAGGAUUUUUCUGUGGUUUGAUCCCACAAAAGACUUCCAUACUUAUUCUGUCUUGUGGAAUCUGCACCAGAUUGUGUUCAUGGUUGAUACGAUUCCAAUAAGAGUGUAUAGAAACCAUGCAGACAAAGGAGUAGCAUUUCCUAGAUGGCAACCAAUGAGUCUAAAAGCAACCCUUUGGAAUGGUGAUAGUUGGGCCACAAGAGGUGGCCAAGAUAAAAUUGAUUGGAAAAAUGGACCUUUCAUAGCUUCAUUCAGAAAUUAUAAAAUUGAUGCUUGUGUGUGGAAAGGGAACCCUAGGUUUUGUAGAGCAGCAAGUUCUACUAAUUGGUGGAACCAAUUCAACUUUAGCUCACUAACAUCCAUACAAAGGAGGUGGUUCAAAUGGGUUAGGAAAUACCACAUGAUUUAUGACUAUUGCCAAGAUAAUGAGAGGUUCCAAAACAAUCUUCCUAAGGAAUGUUCUCUUCCAAAGUAUUGACCACAGAAGAUGAUUACUUCGGUUUAUAAUUUCCCUCUUGCUUUCGUUUACUUUUAUUUCAAAUAAGAUAAAUGUUAAAGUUUUUCACAAGUUAAAUGAUAAAAAGUUAAAAAUAGUCUUGUUCGAGAACUCACACACACUAAACUUGUUUGA